AUGGUGGAAAUUACAGAGGAAUUGCUUCGGAGAAGAAGCGAGCACAAUGAAGGACAAUUGUCCACUCUCAAAGAAAUAACAUUGCAUCAAUUUGAUAUUGAGGAAAUUAAUGAAGUGUUGGGAACAUUUUGUCGAGAGUUGCAAAUUUUGUAUUUACAAAACAAUUUGAUUGGAACCAUCAAGAAUUUGCAUCACUUGAAAGAUCUGAGAUAUCUCAAUAUGGCUGUAAAUAAUUUAACGAGAAUUGAGGGUUUGGAGUCGAAUGAAAAUUUGGAAAAGUUGGACUUGACUGCAAACUUUGUGUGGGAUUUGCUGAGUGUGGAAUGUUUGAAACAGAAUUAUAAUUUAAAAGAGCUGCAUCUGUUGGGAAACCCAUGUACAAAAUAUGAGAAUUACCGAUUAUAUGUGAUUGGUACGCUUCCUCAAUUGCAAAUUCUUGAUGGAGACAAAGUUUCAAAAAGUGAGAAAAUUCUUGCUGAACAAUUAUUACCAACGAUUCGAGCCUCUGUGGCGGAAGAACAAAAACGUGUCAACGUGGAGGAGUUAAAGAAAGCUAUCGAACAGAGAAAUGAGGACAAGAAAGAAAUUGCCAACUCCAAGAAUGAACGAGAAAAGGCACAAGAAAAGAAUAUCGAUGGAAUUGGAGAAGUGGAUCGAUUGGGUUCCUCCUUAAAUAACUAUCCAAAACUCACGCCAGAACAAGAAAUUGAAAAAUAUGGAAAAGUCAUGCAAAAGAAUGAAGGAAAAUGGCAAUUCAAAUUCUUUGAAGAAAAAGGUCACUACGUGUUGGAUAUACCUGCAGGAAAAUACAUGUCUCUGAGUUAUGUCGAUAUUGAUGUACAACCCACCUACAUUCGUGUGACCAUUAAGGGUAAAGUAUUGCAGUUGAGAUUUGACAAGGAAGUUGCAUCCUCCAAAGCAUCUGCUCAACGAUCGACUGUGACUGGAAACAUUGUGAUUCGUGUACCCAUUUCGAAUAACCCAUAA